UUUUCAGUCCAAAUUUUCACAGCAAGGAAAAGUUGCAAAAUGGCUGCUGCUCACUCCGGAGGUGUUGAGUGGGCUGCGAUUUUAAAGCCUUUUCUUUCAUCAUCAAGUGAAAAUAUCAGCAAAACCGAUGUGCUAAACUUGAUAAAAACCAUCAUCCAAAAUGAAAAUGAAAUCCUCGAGCACGAUGCAGCGUACAAGCAGUUUUUCGACAAUUUUGUCGUGCUGGCUGCCGAGAACAUCACUAAUCAGGUCACUUCAUUGUCGCAAACGCAACUUCAACAGUUUACGGAAGCUGCUUCAAUAUUGAUACGUUACAUAAUUCUACAUUUGGAUACAACUUCACCAUGCAAACCGAGCAUUCUGUUGAUGGCCCUAAAGAUCCUUUGCGAGGGGAAAAGGUCGAACGAAAACCAACCCAAUACGACCAGUUCCGCCUCGUCGAUCAUAUCCGUGUCUGGAAUGAAGUACUUAAAGUAUCCAGAGAUUCCCGGAAACAAACCAGCGUCAGUUAGCGCCGCGAGUUCGAGCAGCGGUGGUGCCUCAACCGCUGGCACAGGUGACAAAGAAAGUCCCAAAACGGAGAUGAAGCGUUCACGGUCGGAUUUGUCGACGGUAAUUUUACAGCAGCUCACAACUCCGUUGUGUAGCUGGGCCGUCACUUUUGCCGCACUCAGUGAAGAACAAAUCGAUUGUACGGAUUUGUUCGUCAAGCAGAAUCUACAAUGCAUGAACGCCAUCAAUGCGGGAGAGUCACUUCUUAAAUGGUGUACGACGGCUUUGGGGACGCUCACCAAAUACCGUUUCAAGUACGAAGAAUGCACCAUGCUUGGUCGUCCACUGUAUCUACCGGUUACGACAACUGAAGCGAAUGCGAUAAAAAAUAUUUUCAAUUUAAUAGAGUCCGAUAUAACAAAUUUGCAACUGGCGAUAUCACUUCCUCUCCUGGAACCGCUAACUCCGAAGAAAAUCACUCUGCUUUCGCAGUGUGCCAUGUCAGCACUGUACUGUUGUGUGCUUACAUCGACCGCAGUGAGCGUUAUUACGAUGGCAUCUGCUGGAUCACAGAAAACUGCUUCCUCCGGCCAAUUACAGCAAUCACAGGGCCAAACCGCAGGUUCGCAAGCGCAAAAGGAAAACGACGAAGAGGAAGAUUUCGCGCGAACCAUCGUGGACAAGGGGUUGGAAAUAUUUACCAAAAUUGGAAAUCUGCUCAAAACGUCAACUCGCACUCACAUUUAUCAAAAUCAUAUGUGUAUGGGUGCGUGGUUACUGAUAUCCGGAAUUCAAGGUACGAUGGGUGCAUCGGGAAACACCAGCGGACUGCAGCAGAUGGUGCCCAUAUCGGCGAAAACAUCGGAAGAAAGUUUGAAGGGACGCAGCCCUCUCAAAACUCUUGACGUACCGCAAAUGGCAUCGGCCCAAGCAUCACCAGCGUUACGCGUGAAUUUGUUCAAAGUCCAGCAAGGAUUUGGCGUACUGAAUGCGGCCAUUGCUCGCCACAGUAUCACGCUCAUGACAGAGUUGAUCGAUGAUCUAAAGAUAGACUCUCGUACCGACGAGGAAGAGUACAGCAGCAUCGAAUCGGCCGGAUUCGAUAUCCUUGGACAGUACACAUCGAUUCAACGCGUGGUACGUGUACUAAACAGUGCCACAUUGCAACAGCUGUUCACAUUCCUUGCCACCGUUUCGUACCGUAAGGCAUGCACGCUUCGUCGUAUUAACACCAAAAACACCAACGACGGUGAACCGAUGAGCUACAGCGAUUCGACCACAUACUUCAACGAUACGUUUUCCUGUUCGGAGGAAAGCGAACCGGAGGAGGAGGACAGUGACAGCUAUCUUGGGCUUUGGUUUAAAGAAACACUUUCUCCCGACAUGAAUGAAGAAAUGACAGAUUCACAGGAGCAGGAGAAUAAGGAUGAUAAAGGUCGUCACGGAACGAAUUUGGUGCCAGCGAAAGAUGAGCCCCACGAGUAUCUUAAUCUGGCAUCACUGAUAUUUAACUUCUUCGACGUUUCGCUUGGUGGAAGUCACCUUUACUUGAACCGUUACGUGAAGACAGGUCUAAGCGAACAGCAAAUGGUACUGUUGGCUAACAUCCUGCGCGAUCUCGACCGAGAUUCGGCUCGCGGAGAAACGGAUAUACCUGGAUGUAUGCAGUGGCAAAAUUCUAUGGUGAAAUUCUCCGGAGCCGUCGGACGAUAUCUACACAAUCUGAUAUCAAACUCGCUGUUGAAUGAAUCGCUGCAGUCAGCCCUGCUUUUGCAUUUGGGAGUAUCACCCUGGACACAGGAUGCAAACGUUUGGCCACUGCAGGUUUAUUCACGUACACUUGCUGUACUAGUGCAAAUUCUCCUGCUUAAACCAUCGCAGGAGAAAGAGGCAGCGUGUCUUUCCGUGUGGCAUCGUCUUGUGAACACGAUUGUGGAAGGCAUUUGCUCCACCCAAACAAUACCAAACGAAUCCGAGAUAGAGGAUUUAAACGUGGAACAUGCACAACUGCUCCUGUUUCUGUUUCAUUCUCUCAAUCUGAUGCAAAAGAAAUCGAUACUGCUGCUAACAGCUGGUGGUGUCAUACGCUGCUCGGAAGUAUGUCGCAGUGUUACUCCCGAUAAGCCACUGAGAGAUCAUCAGAUCAUGCUGCUAUCCCGAUUGCUUUUGUUCUUGGAAUAUCUCAUGAAACAUCUAUACAACCCUCCGAACGUUUUGCUUGAACAGGUGCGUUGGAAUCUUUUCAGCGUCUUUACGCUCGAUAGUGAACAAAAAUUGGCCGAUUUGGUGAACUACAAGACGAAAAUGAUGUCUUUCUGCCGCAAGGACAUAGAGGACAAGCAUCGUAAGCUAGCGAACGAGUUUAGUGUCGGCGGCGUAAAACCCAAGUUCUACUCCCUAACUACCGUCGAAUCGAAGGUGCAGCAAGAGUUCAAGCUCGACGGAUUGGCUUGGAACUUUAUUCUUUGCACCCCAGACAAACUGAAAUAUCCGUGGCUAAUUGAUGCAUUGAUUGAUAUUCUGGGCAUAACGGACAUGUGUCUUGCACGCAUCCCCUUCCAGACACUGUGUGCUGUGCAUUAUUGCUUCAGUCUUAGCUGGAAGUUGUUGCUCGGUUUGCCACCGUCCACUCAGCACGUGGAAGCACUGAUGCAGGAAAAGAAUCCAAAUUUGCACUCAUUGCUGUGGUCCAUCCGAUGCUUGCAUCCAAUAACUCAUUCGCAUUAUCUGAUUGUGAACAGUCUCGUCAAACAGGGUAUGUAUACGCAGUCCGCGGAAGCUAUGUGGGUGCGGCUUACCGAGCACGUGUCAGAUGUAAAGUACAGCUUGAAAAUGACGCUUUUGGGACUGGAAUCGUUUGCGAAGAGUUUUUUGCCGGAUCAACCAAGACUGUCGAGAAUUAUUCUGCUGGAUAGUCUAAUGUCACACCUGUUUGCCGUCUGUUGGGCUGAAAAGGAGGGUGUUAAUGUGAAAGCAGCCAAAACCGGUAGUAAUACGGCCACAUCAUCUACGACAACUAGUGUCUCCGCAACAAGCACUGCACCGUCGACUGUGUUGACCAGCGACAGCAAUACUGCCGGAGUAAGUUCUACAAUCGUACCGGGAGGAGCUGGAAGUAUUGGUGCGUCAGGCGCCUCUACCAACACAACCCUGCCCGAUGGUUCGCCGUGCAUUAUUUCGGCAGAGGUCUCUCGUGCAGAUUUGACCAAAAACAUAAUGCAUGCUUUGCUGGACGUACUGGAAAUAGUUCGUGAAUCAACCUACAAAACUAUGUUUCAGAAUUUGAGUGGUCAAAUACCGUCGUGUUUGAUUGAGCCGUUAAUUGCUAUUGCGGGCACAAAGAACUCAUUUUGUUCAGACCUAGCGCAGCAGCUUGUCGGUUGUAUCACAGGUCACGAUAAGGACGUUAUAGCUGUCGAGUGGCGCAAGAGCUUGAGCACGCUGACCGAAGAAAACUUCAUCAGUGGAUCGUUUCCGGUGGAGUUGCACACUCUGACGGUGAUCGAAGCACACCUGACGGAGAUAUCUAAACAUCUGUCGUACUCCAUUCUGCUAUCCCUAAAGAACGCUCUCAAAUCGGCUGUCAAUCUAAUAUACUACAUGCUCCCGAACUACGACGACAUCAAGUUAGACGAGCGUUUGAAGGAAAUACUGAUCCCGAUGGUGUUCGAUUUGCGGGCAGAAUAUUUACACGGGCCGAUCAACAAAUGCUUGGAGUCGCUGCUGGGUGGAGAUAGCAACUGCGAAGCUUAUCAGCUAGCUGCGUUCUCGAACAUCAUCAAACACAGCUAUCAAUUUCUCAUCGAGUACACCGACCUCUGUGCUACAGGCUGUGCAACAAAUAUCGAUGAAUCAGUCCUCUGCAGUAUUCUCAAGUACUGGGAAUCGAUGUUGGAGAAAUCGAACGGAUUACGCGCAAUGCGUGACUUUUUCUACGAGUCUAAAUCGGGAAAUCUGGUGCAAAUUUUGCUCUCCUUCACAGGCACCAACAUUUCCCAGGCAUACUCCACACGAGUGCUCCAGUUCUUCGAGAAACUGUUCCAGGCAGCCGAAAAGCUCGACGCACCGUUCGACGAGGAAGAACUGUGUGCUUGCAUUGCGGAGCUAGCCGUAACUGACAGUGCACGUUUGAAGAGUUGGCUGAGUCAUAUUUUGCUUGGACCAGGAGGAAUCACUCUAACGCCAAACGCGUCCAACAACUCGAGCAAUGUACCAACUCCGACGAACAUGGCAACAGUAUCGGCAAUCCCAAGCAUCACUGACCAACUGGUCGGAUCAGCAACCGCAGCAGGCGGAGUAGAAGGAACCGGUUUGUCUGAAAACAAUACCACAGCUGCAAAUGCGCCAAUCACAACCGAGGGCGAGCAACAGGACGUUAUAGACAUUGAAUACGAAUGCAUAAAAAGAGGAACAUUGGACCGUAACGGCAAGCUGCUUCAGUCACUCGUGAAAUACAUUGUUGCUGAGAAUCGUAUUUCCUCCUCUGUAUCGGAAGCCCUAUUUCAGGCAUUAAUACAAAUUGGUCACAACCUGCUCUCACCAACUCAGGAAGCGAUUGAUUUUUCCGAUCUUCUGCAAGUAAUGAUCACCCUGGCCGAUGCUGGUAAAGGUCGUGGCCAUGCAUUACUCUUUGCAGCUGCUAUCGAUUGGCUGGAUGUUUGUCGAGCGCAAGUACUGGACGCUGGAAAGGGCGGAUCUAGCGAAUGGAGAGCAGCUAUCCAGCUCGAUAACGUUACCGCCAUUCUGAUGUACAUGAGCGAUUUGCUUAUCGGGCUUGGUGCCAAAGGUAGCAGAGUGAUGAAUCCAUCUUGGGACGAAGAAUCGCUACUUGAUGCGGAUGACAUUUUGGAGGAGCUUGGCGGUGAAGAGGACGACAGUACGAUCGACGAUUCGGACGAGGACAGUCUCGGCAAUAAGUUGUGUACCUUCUCCAUUACACAAAAGGACUUCAUGAACCAGCACUGGUACUACUGUCAUUCGUGUAAAAUGGUUGAUGGUGUUGGCGUAUGCUCUGUGUGUGCGAGAGUUUGCCAUAAAAAUCAUGACAUCAGUUAUGCGAAAUAUGGUAACUUCUUCUGCGAUUGUGGUGCUAAGGAGGAUGGUUCAUGCCAGGCACUAAGUCGUCGCAGCAACUCUGGACAUGCGGAGGAUUCAAUCUUAGGUUCGUCAUCCGCUUCAAUUUUACCGCGUUCCAAUGAUACUGACAGUGUGCUGCUUGCUAGCAGCUUGAUGAGGCGACGACACCCGGCUAGUCCUUCGCACGAAGGUGCCACUACGAGCCGUGCCGCUCAAGGACAAGUUUCCGAGAAGGAGCAACAAUUGGCAAAAAUAAUAGAAACAUCACGCGAAGCCUUGAACAACCCUGGCCAAUGGAAAACGGUCAUUCGUUGCAUUCUCGUGUUCUUCAACUCGCUAAUGCCUACGAUCAAAGAACAUUGUGCAGAAUAUUCUCCUGUAGGAUGUUAUUGGCGCGCUAAGAAUGCGCUCGAGCGUCUGCAUCGUCCGGAGAAGUCGUAUGUCUUGAGCGAUGACAUCAUGAUCGCUACGCUCGGCUCUCAAGAAGGUGCGUUCGAAAAUGUUCGGAUGAAUUAUUCUGGGGAACAGGGUCAAACGAUCAAACAGCUGCUGUCAACGUAUCUGGUGCGUCGCGUUGCACUGUGCUGUCUCGCGUCCCCACAUGGUAAACGGCAGCAAUUAGCUAUCUCACACGAGAAAGGAAAAGUAACAAUCCUGCAGCUAUCGGCGCUUCUAAAGCAAGCAGACGCGGCCAAACGUAAACUAACUCUUACAAAACUUGCAUCGGCGCCGGUCCCAUGUACCGUACUGUCGCUCGCAUCGAAUCCAGCAAACGAAGAUUAUCUAGCCGUGUGCGGCCUGAAAGAAUGUCACAUACUUACAUUCAACAGCACGGGUACCGCAAACGAACAUAUCGUGCUGACGCCGCAGCUGGAUACGGGCAACUUCAUUAAGCGUGCCAUCUGGCUGCCAUCUUCGCAGACCAAACUGGCGCUAGUUACGGCCGAUUUUGUGAAAAUCUACGAUCUGGCUGAGGAUAGCUAUAGUCCACAGUACUAUUUCCUAGUGCCAAGCGGCAAGAUACGUGAUUGUACGUUUGUUUACGAGCAGGAGGGCACAUACUACAUGCUCAUAAUGUCCUCAUUGGGAUACAUCUACACGCAACCGCUUAGCGACGAGAGCUUGGCAAAGCAUGGUCCCUUUUACGUGACAAGCACUCUAGAGCUUGAUCAUCCUCUGAUAACCGACGACAACGGGCAGAUAUUGGCAGGAGGCGUUUCGAUCUAUUACUCUCACGUCCUGCAGCUACUAUUCUUCAGCUAUGCCGCCGGGCGCAAUUUUAUGGCGCCGUUAACUAACGUUAAUGAUGGUGUAAAGUGUGUCAUCAACCUGGUUUGUAAUCCUAGUUCCAAGUUGCUGUCGAAGUCGACGACACAACCGCUUUGCCAGUGGACAGAAAUCCCCGGCCAUCCUGGUUUGGUCUGCGCAAUGAUGCAGAGUCUCAACAAUCCCGUCAUCUUCAUGAUCAGACCGGACGGAUACAUGGCGCAGGAGAUAAAGGCACAGAAUGCAAAAGCGAAAAUAAUGGAUAUGGUCGCUAUACGACACAGCGUUUCGGGUGUGGAGAAAACAACACUAAUUUUGCUUUGCGAAGACGGCAGUUUGAGAAUUUAUGCUGCCCAUCCAGAGAACACAGGUUACUGGUUAUCCCCAGAAGUGCAACCUGUUGGACAUCAGCAAACGUUCGGUUGGUAUGGAACUGGCGGAAGCAUGUAUGGCAAAUCGGCACGGAAAUCGAAAAAAAUGGGAAAACAAUCGGCCCAAUCUGCCGCUUCGGCGACCACUGGAAAAGGAGGAACAGGGUCUACGCCUAGUUUUCCGAUCGAUUUCUUUGAACACUGUACGUUAAUGAAUGAGGUAGAAUAUGGUGGAAACGAUUUACUGCAAAUUUACAAUACACAACACUUGAAGCAUCGCCUCAACUCUACCGGAUUGUAUGUGACAUCAACGAAAGCCAACGGCUUUACGCUGGAAGUGUCCAAUAAUGAUCCAAAUAUGGUUAUUACCGGUGUACGUAUACAAAUCGGAUCUCAGGACGUCACUAAAGCACCGCAGCGUGUUACCAUCUUGGGACGAUCGGUAACUACCGUAGCUACGAGAGCCCGGUGGUUUGAUAUUCCUUUAACCAGAGAAGAAAGCCUACAGAGUGACAAGAAACUGAGCAUUCACUUUGGAGCUUCUUUAGAUGCCGAACAAAUAACGAUACUGGACAGCAUCAAAAUAUACGGAAAAACUAAGGAUGUGUUCGGUUGGCCGGAAGAAACAGAAGAUGCGACUGGGGGACCAACAGCGAACGGCGGUGCUCCCGGAAGCAAUGGGCAGACGGCAUUAGCAAACGGAAAUGCUGGUAAUGAUGGAGGUUCCAAUGAUGAAAAUGAUGCAGGAUCCAUGUAUAUGACUUCGUUAGAUCGCAUGCUUUCGAGUAUGCUGCACGUGCUGGACAGUGGCAUAUCGUUGCUGGGCGGUCCAAAUUGUGAUGAUAACUAUCGUCAAACUGCUAUCGAUGUAGCCACAAAUCUGAUCCUUUUCCCUACCGUAAAUGUAGUUCAACAGGAUGCACGGAAUGUGCUAAUGACAUGUCACGCUAGCAAAACGGCUUACCAUUCAUACAAAGAUAAGGAAAUACUCACCGAUAUCCAUCGGCAGCUGAAGAAAAUGUAUGAAUCGACCGAGAGUGGUGACAUCGAUCCGGAAGCUUUUUAUCGGGCUGUCUUGAUGAUGCGCAGUAUCGCUAUUCAGCGGCCGCAUGCGAUGGCAAAGAUCUGUGCCGAACAGCAGAUGGACAUUUUGUCACUGAUGAUGAUCCUCAUGAAAGAACUGUACCGCAUAACACCAGCCUAUGAAGAACCAAUCGCUAUCGUUAAGCGAGGGCUUUGCCACGUGGAAGCAGUGAUUUACUCUCUGGUGGAAAUUGUUUACGCCUUUGCUUUGGCCGACAGCGACCAGGUGGAGCGAAUGGCCAAACUAUUCGUCCGUUUGCUGCUCGACCCGGCACCAAUCAUAAGUCACAGCGCUAAGCUAGCAAUGAUUCGUUUGUUGCGACCGAAGGUCAAACGUCGUAAGGUGGUGUUGAUCGAAAGUCCUCCUGUCUGUUCCACUCCUACACCCUCCACAUCUGGCACUACAACGACUUCGACCGGUGCGGUGCAAUCAACUUCAUCAGCUGUUUCAGUAGGUUCGACAUCAUCAGGGGCCGCUGGUCCUUCAACUUCCUCCGGGAGUGUAUCGGCGGGCAAUGAAGAUUUCGUUGUAGUAGCUGCAGCUGCGGCUGCUGCCGCUGGAAUGCAGGAGGUGGACGCAAUAGAAUCCCUCGGACUGGAACCAAGUGCUGGAAAUCAGGCGCUUGCAUCACUAGAGGCACUGCUGGGCGUUGGUUUUCCCCACUUGCUAGAGACACCGGAUGCGGACGAUGAUACCAUUAUGGAGAUAGCAAUCGCACUCAGUCUCCAAGAUAACGAAGCCGAUCUACAACUUUUACAGCAGAGUAUCGCAAAUUAUCAGGGUAGAAAUAGGAACCCGGCUGCCCAAAGCCUGGCGGCAGCCAUUGCUGGCGGGUCUUCAUUUAACGUCGAAUCAAACGCUUCGGGUGGCGGCUCAGAUGAUGAUGAAAUUUCCAACGUAGCCACCGAAGGGUCGACGCUGAGGACGUCACCGGCCGGAGAACACGCUGGCAGUGGUAGUGGUGGAUCCGAGAGUGGAUGUAGUGGUGUUGAAAGCAUCGGUGGAACUUCCGGUCGUAGUUCAACGUACGAAGAGCAGCCGAAUCCUUCGCCACCGCGCACCUCCGUAGUCGAUCAAAUGGCUUCACAGCCGCCAGGAACCACGACAGCAGCAACAACACACCCUUCUGCUGUGGAAGCCGAUUCGUCAGAUGUAAAUGGGGAAAGUGCAAACAAACUGCACGUGUUGCGAUACUCGAUACUGAACCAUCUGGUGGAUAACUUUUCUGCUCUGGACACGGUAAACGGUUCCCAGUGUAUACCUUUCAUGCAGGUGAUCCUGAUGCUUACCUCUGAUUUAGACGGUACCCAAGAACCAGAUCAGCAAGUUUUGGCCCGAUUGCUGCAAGCAUUGAUCGAUCGACUUGAAAUUUCAUCCACAAAGAUUUACCAGAUGGCAAACAGAACAGCAAAAACGGAAGUGCAACUUGUCAUAUUGCGGCUGAUUGGUGUGUUGAUGGGCAAAGUCAAAUCGAAGUCAUCUUCAUCCUCUUCUGCCAACACGGCUUCAUCGGCUGCAACCUCAAGCGGCGAAAAAUCAGCUGCCAACCAAACGGCAAUGGACAAUGCAACCUUUUUGGCCCAAAAUACUGCGAAUGCGCUAAUGAAAAAUAAUGCUAUUCCGUAUUGUCUAAUGAUAAUGGAAUCCUUUUUGCCACAUUGGAAAAACUCCAGCGCAUCGUCAAUGGACGAGCUGGCUUCUCCGGCAACGGGUACCAACGCGGCCAAUGCCAAUGCUUCAAUGAAUGCUCCCACAUCCAGUGUCGGAUCGUCGAGUGCGGCGUCAAAUAACACCGGACCGGUAAUAACAGCACCAGGUGGUGCUCCAUCGAACGUUCUGUUGAAACCAACACUGUACGGAAUAAUACCCGAUAUGCAACCGUUCUUUGCCCGUCCUUUCCCUAAAGGAUCUAGCGAUGUGUUUGAGUUGUAUUCGCAGGUGCUUACCGAGAUGGCAGUUCGAUUGCCGUAUCAAAUACUGAAACUAUCUUCCGGACAUCCGUCCUCACAGGAAUGGAACCACUCACUGUGCGAGUACAUGACGACUACACUGUGCGAGUACAUGAUGUACAUGCAGUCGCCCGUUUUACGUCGCCAGGUGCGCAAACUGUUGCUGUACAUAUGUGGCAGCAAGGAAAAGUACCGUCAGCUGCGUGAUCUUCACUCACUCGACACCCACAUGAAGGCGGUAAAAAAAUGCUGCGAGGCAAGUUGUUCGCAAGCUGCGUCCGCUUCGUCGCUGGCAAGUGGAGCUCACUCGACGAUUCUCAGUUAUGAUGCGCUGGUUGAACUGACGGAACAUUUCCGUGCGUGCCAAGAGAUUGCAUCCAUUCGCACCGGGAACUGGCAAAAAUUCUGCGUGCGUAAUUCGGACAUACUGUCGUCAUUGUUGAACAUUAGCACCUACCAGCUAGAGGAAGGUGUUUCAACGAUUAUACUGCAACUCCUUCAAUCAGCUAUAUGCAACAACACUGCUUCCCAAGGCCAGCAAGCAAAACCAUCGUCCUCCUCCACAUCAUCAUCAUCCGGUGUGACGGUAGAUCCACAAAUGAAGGUGUCGGUCAUCGUGAAAGAUCGGAAAGAUCGCGACAAAUCGGAAGAAUCGGACACUAUGACAUCACAGUCAGAAUCGAAGUUUGAUGCAGCCCAAUGUGUAGCCCUAGUGGCUCAAAUCUUCGUCCAGAUCAGUACUGCUAGCAUGAGCAAAUUCAUACGCAGCUUCCUGCUCGAAACGAACUCAACAUCGAUUCGUUGGCAAGCUCACAGUCUGGUGUACGCGUUUUACGAAAACAGUAGCGACACGCACAAAGAAACGCUGCUCCAAUGUCUGUGGGGGUUGUGGCCAUUGUUACCAGCGUACGGUAAGCGUACCGCGCAGUUUGUGGACUUGCUCGGCUUUCUAACGCUAAAUACACGUUCGCUGAUUGACAAGCUGCCGGACUACACAGCACAGGCCGUUUCAGUGCUAAGGCAGCAGAAUGAGCUACUCUCCAAGCACCCGAACGCUCCCAUCUACACAGCACUGGGACAGGUGUUGGAACUUGAAGGGUUCUAUCUGGAAUCGGAACCGUGCCUCGUCUGCAACAAUCCGGAACUUCCAUUUUCCAACAUCAAACUGUCCACCAUUAAGGUGGAUUCGAAAUUUACCACCACCACUACGAUCGUGAAGCUCGUGCAAAGCCACACAAUCUCUAAGAUAGUGCUACGCAUCGCUGAUCUUAAGCGUGCCAAGAUGGUGCGUACUAUUAACAUCUACUACAACAAUCGCACGGUGCAGGCAGUGGUGGAGCUUAAGAAUCGCCCGCUAAUGUGGCACAAGGCUCGCAAAGUGACGCUGCAGUCCGGUCAGACGGAUGUAAAGAUCGACUUUUCGCUCCCGAUAACGGCAUGCAAUUUAAUGAUCGAGUAUGCCGACUUUUACGAAACCGUCAGCGGAUCGAGCGAAAGCUUACAGUGUCCUCGGUGCAGUGCAGUGGUCCCAGCGAACCCGGGUGUAUGUGGUAAUUGUGGUGAGAAUGUGUUCCAGUGCCACAAAUGUCGCGCCAUCAACUACGAUGAGAAGGAUCCGUUCCUGUGCCAUUCGUGUGGAUUCUGCAAGUAUGCCAAGUUCGACUACAGCAUUUACGGUCGGGCGUGUUGUGCAGUGGAUCCAAUCGAAUCGGCCGAAGAUAGGACGAAAACUGUGCAAACGAUUCACACCUCGCUGGAAAAGGCGGACCGCUCGUACAAGUCGCUACAGAAUAAUAAGCAGAUUUUGGAGCUGCUGGUUCAAAAGGUGUCAGAGCACAAGCUCGAUCGUACGCUAGAUGAAACGAUCGUUGGAGUCUCGGUGAUUGGUGGAGCUGGCGGGGCGUCCCAGGUCAAUAAGGUAAUACAGCUGCUGGCCCAGAAGUAUUGCGUCGAAUCAAAAACUACGUUUGAAGACCUAAGCAAAAUAAUUCAAAAAGUGCAAGCAUGUCGCAAGGAGUUGGUAGCAUACGAUCGUAGUCAAAUGGAUGGACCCCUACCUUCGGCAGGUACCAUGUCGGCAAGCUUCGCCUCCGGCACAGGAACAUCAUCCCGAGUAGGAACGGUUGCACUGAACAAAUGCUACGGUUGUGCUCUUGCAUCCACCGAACAGUGUCUGACGUUGUUGCGCGCCAUGGCGUCCAACAUGGCGUGUAGAGUUGGACUGUGCAGCCAAGGAUUAGUGCAGGAGCUUGCAGUGAAUAAUUUGCGUCGCGGUACUCACCAACUGCAGGACGAAGUACGCCAUUUGCUAUGUUUGUUGACGCGCGAUCUGCCGGAUGCCACCAGUGCGCUCUGUCAACUCCUGCAAGACCGCGUCAAGAUGGCGUUGUCGGGCACGGUUCCACUAGCAACGUUGGAUUCGGCUGUUCGGCACGAAAUGGCUUUGCUGGAGGCGAUGACCAGUCAGGACGAUAGUUGUUGGGAAACGAAGUUGCGAACCGUCAUCGAACUGUUCCUGCAGGCUUCGCGUGAUGCUCGCGGUCCAGCCACCGCUGUCAUUCAUCCUUGUUUGCGUAUUGUGCAAUCGCUCAUCUGUCCACCGCCGAUACUCGCAACGACAAUCUCGACCGCUGGUAAACUCCACGGUAAAGAGCAAACUGGAAGCACUCUGCAAGAUCUGUGCACAGUACAACCUAUCGAAGGGAUUAGCGUCAGCUAUGAGAAGUGGAUCGCCGGCGACGCAAACCAUUCGUUCGCUGCUUGGAAAGCCCGUAUGCCUCCUGCUGCAGGAGUUACCAACCGGCGUACAAUGAGCGAAGGAACAUCGAUUGCUGCGACCACGGCAGUAACAUCAUCUACGCCACCAAUCGGAGCGGGUUUCCGUACAGCCCUAGAACACAGACGUGCUACCGUGCGUAAUGCGUAUCUAUUGGAAAAGUACGCAAAACGCUGGCGGCAAAGGGCGCUAGCCAAGGGUGUCGCAUCGAUUCCAGUCGAGCUACAGGCAGCCUGGUUGCAACCCAUUCUCUUCAACACCAAUUCGCGACUCGGACGGCAAUUGGCCUGUGCUCUGAUAACAUCACUUAGUCGCACAAACGAACGCAAACGGGAGCUUCUCGAUCUGCUCACCAACUUUCUGCGUUAUGUCGGCGAAAGUGGCGAAGCUAGUGCCGAAUUUUUGGCUCUGUAUCGUAUGCUAGCGGAUGAAACGCCCUGGCGACAAUAUCUUGCGUUGAAGGGCGUUCUAACGCUGCUCGUGCAGCUGGUGACGGUAGAGAUUGAAAAGAUCCACUGUCUUGAAGAAACGACCCUUUCAACGGACCUGGCUCAAGGCUACGCAUUGCGGCAGCUGGUGGAGCUGAUGGCACUGUUUCUGGAAAAUCCACAAAUACGUAAAGCGUACAAGGGGAAAUUGCUGGGACCAGUUCUGCAAGGUUAUCUCGAUCUUCGCAAGCUGAUUGUACAACGAACGCGUCUAAUCGAUGAUGCGCAAGAGAAGCUGCUCGAAAUGCUGGAAGAAAUGACGACAGGCACGGAAGAAGAAACGGCUGCAUUUAUGGCCGUUUGCAUCGACACGGUGCGCCGAACGCCGACGACGGACGUAAAAACGCCGGUCUUCAUGUUUGAGCGAUUGUGCUCCAUCAUCCAUCCGGAGGAGAACGAUGUCGGCGAGUUUUUCCUCACGCUAGAGAAAGAUCCGCAGCAGGAAGACUACUUACAGGGUCGAAUGUUGGGCAAUCCGUACCCUUCGCAUGAAGCCGGGCUCGGUCCGCUGAUGCGCGAUGUUAAAAACAAAAUCUGUAUCGACUGCGAGCUGGUCGCGCUGUUGGAUGACGAUAAUGGUAUGGAAUUGUUGGUACACAACAAAAUUAUCAGUCUCGAUCUGCCGGUCAAAGAGGUGUAUAAGAAGAUAUGGCUACAGGAAGGCGGAGAGCGCGACAGCAUGAGGAUUGUGUAUCGGAUGCGAGGUUUGUUGGGCGAUGCGACUGAAGAGUUUAUCGAAACACUGAAUGCAAAGAGCCAGGAAGAGGUAGACAACGAACAGCUGUACCGUAUGGCGAACGUGUUGGCCGACUGUGGAGGACUGAAGGUGAUGCUGGAGCGCAUUGGCAGCUUGCAGAACGUGUCCAAAUCGCGCACCCUGCUACAGGUGUUGCUAAAGUUGUUCCUGCUGAGCGUGAAGGUUUUGCGCUGCCAGGAGGUACUGUGCCAGCCGGAGCUGGGUGCCAUCAACACGCUGCUGAAGGUGUUGCAGUUGUGUCUGCAGAGCAGCGAGAGCGACACGCAGCAGUCUGCAGUAACAGAGCAGCUUUUGGAGAUCAUGGAAACGAUUCUUUCCAAAGCGGCUUCCGACACUCUUGACACCUUUUUGCAGUUUUCGCUCACGUUCGGAGGGCCGGAGUACGUCCAAGCGCUGCUUUCGUGCACUAACUGCUCCAACGUUCGUUGCAAUCCUUCAGUAUUGCGCCAUCUAAUCCGUGUACUGGCAGCUCUGGUUUACGGAAACGACAUUAAAAUGGCGCUUUUAUGCGAACACUUCCGUUCCGUGCUUGAUUUCGAUCGAUUCGAUGCGGAACGCAGCGCUGAGGAGGAAUUCAAAAUGGAACUGUUCUGCGUGCUGACCACCGGCAUCGAGCACAAUUCCAUCGGCGGAACGCUCAAGGAUUACAUCAUGAGCUUAGAAAUCGUUGAGAAAGCGCUCAACUACAUAAAAUCCCAUGCUCCAUGUGUGAAACCGACACUGCUACGCACGGACUCGGACGAGCUGAAGGAAUUCAUAUCCCGUGCUUCACUCAAAUACAUUCUUCGCUUCCUCACCGGCCUGGCGACAAAGCACGAAGCGACGCAACUGGCAGUCGCUCAGGACAUCAUACCGAUCAUUCACCGACUGGAGCAGGUAUCGAGUGACGAGCACGUAGGAUCGCUAGCAGAAAAUCUCCUGGAAGCACUGUGCACCGAACCGACCACGGCCAAACGUGUGCAGGAGGUGCGAGAUUUCACGCGCGCCGAGAAAAAGCGGCUGGCAAUGGCGACCCGCGAAAAGCAGCUGGAUGCGCUAGGCAUGCGCACAAACGAAAAGGGCCAGGUAACGGCGAAAGGUUCCAUCCUGUCGCAGAUCGAGAAGCUGCGCGAAGAGACGGGUCUGGCGUGCUUUAUCUGUCGCGAAGGGUACGCCUGCCAACCGAACAAGGUGCUCGGCAUCUACACCUUCACCAAGCGCGCCAACGUGGAGGAGUACGAGAUGAAGCAGAAGAAAACAAUCGGCUACACGACGGUGACGCACUUCAACGUGGUGCACGUUGACUGUCACAUGAACGCUAUCCGAUUGGCCCGGUCGCGCGAUGAAUGGGAGAGUGCCUCACUGCAGAAUGCAAACACACGCUGCAACGGGUUACUUCCCUUGUGGGGCCCGGAUGUAAGCGAAUCUUCGUUCUCGUCGUCGAUGGCGCGACACAACAAUUACAUGCAAGAAUGCACACAACGGUGCGAAAUCACGUUCGCCAGCUCGAUGCACGAUCUAAAGCUGCUGUUGUGGCGCUUUGCACAGGAGAAAAGCUUCCACGAAGAUGCCGGAGGCGGCGGUCCCCAGUCUAACAUGCAUCUGGUAGCGUACCUGCUGUUCUACGGACUGUACACGCUACUCUCGUCCCGUUCGUAUUCGCGUGAAGAGAUGAUACUCAGUGGCUUCAUUGCCCACAAACCUUCAGAACGCUGGCUGGAGUGUGCGUACGAGGCGGAAGGUCCGCUGUAUCUGCUCACCAUGUCCUUGGCUUUGCAUACGCCCGAACUAUGGUCACGCCACAAGCUGGUACAUUUACAGCGACUGAUUGCGAUUGCCCAGGUUCGCCACGUCAGCCCGAACUCGGUCUGCAAGUUCCUGGCUCCGGUUGAUAAACAUCCAAAGAAUUACACCAUUUACAAGCCGUACCUAAUGUUUUGGGGAUUGAUAGAUUUGAUCUAUCGUAACUUUUUCCGCACCGUUGGUACACCGAAGGAUGAGGACUGGCCGAUCUCGCUGUUCAACUACAUCCGGCGCAAUGACGAGUCGUUGCUCAAAACGGCUGACACCACGUUGCAAACUUUUACCGAAGAAUAUUUGCCUUGCGCUUCAUUUGGCGAAUUUUGCGAUGUGGCAGGUCUGCUUGGAGACAUCGAGAUUCCAGAUGUUUGGAUGGACGAGCUGCUAAAAGCGUUACCUGCGCCGGGCGGAUCACAAGCGUCGGGAGCGAGUUCAGCAGCAGCUGGUCCAAGUGGUGGAACAGGUUCUGGAGCGACUGCCGGAUCUAGCAGCACUACAGAAUAA